AUGGUGAUUGAAGGUUCCAACCGGCAGGAGCACGAUGGCAGCCCCGCGCAGGAGUCCUCCCUGGGACUGGACCCCAGCGUCAACACCCGCCCCAGCGUCACCAUGAACCCCAGCGUCUCCACCCGCCCCAGCGUCACCAUCAACCCCAUCGUCUCCAUCCACCCCAGUGUGUCUGUGCGAUCCAGCGCUUCCACCCACCCGGUUACUUUGGCCCAAGGGGUCGACUUGCCCCCCAAGAGUUGUUCUGAGGACCUCGGUGUGAUCAAGGUGAGCAGGCGCCGGUGGGUGAUCGUCCUGGUGUUUAGCUGCUACUCCUUGUGCAAUGCCUUCCAGUGGAUCCAGUACAGCUCCAUCAGCAACAUCUUCAUGAACUUCUACGGGGUCAGCGCAUUCGCCAUUGACUGGCUGUCCAUGUGCUACAUGUUGACCUACAUCCCGCUACUCCUGCCGGUGGCCUGGCUGCUGGAGAAGUUUGGCCUGCGCACCAUUGCCCUCACGGGCUCUGCUCUCAACUGCCUGGGGGCCUGGGUGAAGCUGGGCAGCCUGAAGCCGCAUCUCUUUCCGGUCACUGUGCUGGGCCAGGUUAUCUGCUCGGUGGCCCAGGUCUUCAUCCUUGGCAUGCCCUCCCGCAUUGCUUCCGUCUGGUUCGGGGCCAAUGAGGUUUCCACUGCCUGCUCCGUGGCUGUGUUUGGCAAUCAGCUUGGAAUUGCCAUUGGCUUCUUGGUCCCUCCUGUUUUGGUACCCAAUAUCGAUGACCAUGACAAGCUCGCCUACCACAUCAGCAUCAUGUUCUACAUAAUAGGAGGUGUGGCCACUCUGCUCUUCAUCCUUGUCAUCAUUGUAUUCAAGGAGAAGCCGAAACACCCUCCUAGCAGAGCCCAGUCCCUGAGCUAUGCCUUGGCGUCCCCUGAUGCUUCAUACUUAAGUUCUUUUGUCCGGCUCUUCAAAAACUUGAACUUCGUGCUGCUUGUCAUCACCUACGGUCUGAACGCCGGUGCUUUUUAUGCCUUGUCCACACUGCUGAACCGCAUGGUGAUCUUACACUACCCGGGGGAAGAAGUGAAUGCUGGAAGAAUCGGCCUGACCAUCAUCCUCGCUGGAAUGCUUGGGGCCAUGAUCUCCGGCAUCUGGCUGGACAAGUCAAAAACCUACAAGGAGACGACCCUGGUGGUCUACAUCAUGACGCUGGUGGGCAUGGUGGUGUAUACGUUCACCUUGAAGCUGGGACACCUGUGGGUGGUGUUCAUCACUGCUGGCACAAUGGGCUUCUUUAUGACUGGCUAUCUUCCCCUGGGAUUUGAGUUUGCUGUGGAACUGACAUACCCAGAGUCGGAAGGCAUGUCUUCUGGCCUCCUCAACGUGUCUGCCCAGGUAUUUGGGAUCAUCUUCACCAUCUCCCAGGGCCAGAUCAUUGACCACUACGGCACCAUGCCUGGGAAUAUCUUCCUGUGUGUGUUCCUCACCCUUGGGGCGUCUCUCACUGCAUUCAUCAGGGCAGAUCUCCGGAGGCAGAAAGCAAACAAAGAAACUCCUGAGAAUAAGCUCCAGGAGGAAGAGGAGGAAGAGGAGGCGAGCAGUAACAGCAAAGUGCCCACCACUGUUUUUGAGGAGCAUCUCUGAGAGAAGGGGGUGGUCACUCAGGGACAGCACACCCACCGCCUUAGUCAGCACCGUUCACACUGCACUGGAGCAGCUUUUGGAGGGAGCCAGCUGGGGUACUGGCCUGGAAGGCAGUGCCCACGUCUCCUGGACCCGCUGCAGAGGCUGCAUGUCUGUUUGGGGAAGGGCACCUUUCACCAAAUCCGGAGCAGUUCCCGCCCUCGCCGUCAGGUUCCUGGACUGGUGUUGGGAAGUGGCGGAGAGGCAUGGACCAGCCCCUUGGCCCCCCACAUUUGGUGCCUUGCCUUCCCUCUGCUCCUCCUACCCUCUGGAGAAACCUGUGAAAUUAUCAAGGAAAGCAAGCUUUUCCAGGAUAUUAACUUUUCUAGUGUCUUCCAGUCCUUUGAAGCCCCUAUUCUAAGGAGCGGCUGCUACUCUGGGGAGGGUCAUUCCCCACAUCAGACUAACUACUCAACUUCUGGCCGAGAGAAAGCAACAUCUGAAAAAGCAGCAUCAGAACAAACCUAUGGGGACCCUGGGUCUCGAUUCUCCUGGCCUGAUGUUGGGGUCUGUUCCAAACCCUCUUUUCUAAGAGCUGACCAAACCAAACACCAAUAAACUUGACAAAACCUUUGUGGUGGCCAUGAAGGAGAAACCAAUUUGGGAGCGCCUUACCAUCUAGGUGUGUGUGGUGCUGGGGAUGCCCUUGAGUGCUUAGGGAGGCCUAUAUUUGGGGAUUCGGUAGCUUGAUCGGAAACAAGGUUCU